AUGACAACACGACAUUGUGACGCUGAAAUUCCAGAUAGCCCAAGACCACCAUAUCCUCUUGUUUCUGGGUAUUGUGACAUCACCUGCGGUUUUGGUCGUGGAUCCGCUGAACUUGGCAUUCCAACUGCUAAUGUGCCGAUCGAGGAACUAUCUGUAGAAUUUAACAACUUGUCUCUUGGCAUAUAUUUUGGAUUUGCUAAGGUACAAGCAAUCGACAAGCAACUCAGUGUCGAUUCCAGAUCUGACGGUACAAAAGUUGAAUUCAACUAUGGAAGAUAUCUAAGCAAGGAGAAAGACGAUUUGAACGUAUUGCCUGUAGUUCUUUCAAUUGGCAAGAACCCUUUUUACGGUAACAACUUCAAAACGAUAGAACUGCAUAUAAUUCAUAAGUUCAAUAAAGACUUUUAUGGUGCAAAGGUGAAGUUCUGCAUUCUGGGAUAUUUAAGACCUGAACUUGAUUAUACAACGAAAGAAGCACUCAUCAAAGAUAUUAAUAUAGACAUAUAUAAAUCCUUGAGUGUCCUUUCAAAGGAUUCUUAUAAAUCUUUGGGAUCCCUACUGGAUGACUGA